AACGUUUUACGUUGAAGAUAACGGAGCUUAGGAAAAGGAGAUUACCUUCGUUACGACGUCGGUUGCUCUCUCUGCAUUCCGGCUACUCCUGUACUCCGGCGGUCAAAGUUCCGGCGUCUUGUCUUGAGAUAGACAAUGCAAAGGUUAGCAACUAGAUUCUCAACGAGUUUACUAUCUUCGGUGGGCAAUGUUUCAUGUUCUUAUUUUGUCCCAAAGCAGACGUUCACCACCUCCUCUCUGCGCGUAAAUAUUCAGAAGCUGCAAGAACGUUCUAUUUCAGGUGAUUUCUUGAAACGGGCUUGCCUCGGUUUUUGUCGAACAUCAAACUUUGCCACUGGAUUCAAGCCAUUGCAGCCGAAGCCAUUGGAGUCGAUUAUUGACAUUGAGAGGGCAAAGAAUAAAUCACCUGAGGAUCUCUCUGCAAUUUGGGAUGAUUAUCACUUGGGAAGAGGGCACAUCGCCGCAUCAAUGAAAGGAAAAUUGUAUCAUCUGCUAGAGCAAAGAGCAGUAAACUGCCAAUACUUUGUCAUUCCAUUAUGGAGAGAAAGUGGUUACAUAACGAUGUUUACGCAAGUGCAGAUGCCACACAUGCUUUUCACUGGUCUUGAAGACUACAAAGCAAGAGGUACUCAAGCUGCUCCCUAUUUCACUGUUUCUUACUACACAGAAUUUGCAGAAAGCAAGGACUUGGUGCUUAUUCGCGGGGAUGUUGUGUUGACGAGCAAGCUAAGUGACAAUGAGGCCAAAUGGCUAGUGGAGACCACACAGUCUUUUUACCUAAAUGAUGUCAGGUACAAGCUGGUUGAAAGGUUCAACAAAGAAACACGCGAAUUUGAAUUCAAGGAUGUAUUGCACGCAUUGGGGAAUGCCUAUUUUGUAGUUUAGAGAAGCAUAGAAAAUUUGGUCUUAGAACCAUAAAAGAGAAGGAUUUAAUCAGAACGUUGAAUUAACAACAGUAGAAUUGCACUGCAGGUAAUCCUCAUUAGAGUUGAAUUAACAACGUUAUAUUCCUUUGUGGUACUUAUCUAGUAACGUGAUUAUAUGUUCUUG